GAGAGAGAGAGAGAGAGAAGGUGAGAAAAAAAGGGAGAGAGAGAGAAGAAGGAGGAGGAAAAGAUUUUUAAAGAAGAACAGAGUGAAGGAAGACAGAAGGCCAUUAUGGGAGUGAAGGGCAGGGCGGCCUUCGCCAUCGUCUUCAUCAUCGUCUUCCUCUGCUCUUUGUGGCUCUAUGGUGGUUUGGAGCCCUGGGGCUACUGCCUGAAGGUUUACAUUCAGGAUGAACAGUCCCUCAGUCUGUAUGGGAACAAUGUCUCAGAAGAUGACAUGGUUCAGCUGGGCUUUUGUCCAGGGCAGCGAUUCCAGGUUGGUGUUUUGCUGAUGCACCUGCAGGCCGCACCUCUCUCAACCGAUGACGUGCUGCUGGAGCCUUACCUGGCCAGCUGGGACGAGCUGAUCAAGUUCAUGGAUUCAUUGGGCCCAUUAGUGGGUUUCAUCUCUCAAGAAAUUGAGGCCAAAACCUCCAUCAUCCGUGACCUUGCCCAAAAAGAGGCAACAGCAGAAGAACAAGUUUCAGGCACCUCCAUAUUAAAGGAUGAACCAACUCAUCCCUCAGCUGGGGUGAUGGGCAGGGCUUAUACAUCUGUACGCUCCAUGAUCAAAGCAGAGCUGGCCCAGGGUCUCGUGGACUUUACCCAGCCUCAGGCCUCAGGCUGCAGGACUUUGCUGCGGUUGCAUCGUGCCCUGCUCUGGCUGCAGCUCUUCUUGCACAGCCUUGCGGAGGAUGGACGAGCCCAGAGCCCUUCUGAACUCUGCCGGGACGCCUACCGUGUAACCCUGGCCCAGCACCACACGUGGUGGGUGAGGAAAGCAGCAGAGCUGGCCUUCGUGGCAAUGCCUGACAGAGCCUUUUUCUACAGGCUGGUGUGUGUGGACACACAGGAGGAGGCCGCAGUUGUCCUCAACCAUGUGGUCAGGGCCAUACAGAAGGUGUACAACCAAACUCAAAUGGCACUGGAGGAGCAUGGCAUGCUGGAGUUACCAUAACCUGAAGUGUGCAGGUGAUAUGGACAUGCUCUUAAUGCCAUCAGGAAAUAGAGCAUGCAAGUGGCACUGCAAACACAUUCAUCAUGCUAACGAUACCAUUCAGCAUGCUGAUUACACCGAGAACAUACCAGACCAUACCAUGCCAGUAUUACCAUUAGAAAACAGCAUGGUGGUGAUACCAUAAGGAAACACACCAUGCUGGCAACACCAGAAGGACACAUAGCAUGCUAGUCGUACCAUAAGAGCAUAUACCAUAGUGAUAAGGGACGGAAGCACACUAAUGACACCAGAAUAAUGACACCAUAUGUUAGGCUGGUGAUACCAUCAGAAAAUACAGCAUGAAAGUAAGGCAUGCUACCUACGCACAACAUUUUAGUGAAACUACAAUGAAUCAGCAUGUUAAUAGCACUAAAAGGACAAAAGCCAUGCUGGCAGCGGUGAUGAUAUCCUAACCUACACACAAGCUAGUUAGUUAGUUAAGCCAGGCUGGUUUCAGAAACGCUAACUUGUCAAUGGUUCAGGAACCUGACAAAAAGCCCACCAACUUUGCAUGAGGUUGGUCAGGAAACUCUCCUUUUCAGCCCUAAUAAACCAUCUUCUGACUGUC